AUGAGCAAUCCGGCUGGAGAAUCGAAGAAUAGUGAAGGGAAGAAGAAAUAUAGAGGAAAUAGGUAUCACAACAAUAAGAAUAGAGGUAAAAACAAGAAUGAGGACUCUAAAAAGAAUGAGGAUUCUAAAAAGAAUGAGGGCAAGGUAAAUAACGGUAGUGUCAGCAGCGGCAGUAAAAACAAGAGAAACAACAAAAAGAGGAACAGAGAGCAUUAUAACUACAAAAGGAAACCUAAAUCUGGUAAAUCGACUGAAAAUGAAGGAUACAAACUUGUCGUCAGAUUAUUACCUCCGAAUCUGACGGCAGACGACUUCUUUGCCAUUAUAGGAAACACCAAUAGCGACAGUGAUGAUAAAGAAGGUAUUCAGGAUAAAUUUAAGUAUAGUGAUUGGUGUUUUUUUGAAGGUCAUUAUUCUAGUAAAGUAUUCAAGAACUCAACGUAUUCAAGGUGCAAUUUUCUGUUUGAUGGCUUACAAGAUUUGGAAAAGUUCGCAGAUUUCAUAAAAACUUGUAAAUUCAUUGAUAACAAGGACAAUAUUACAACCCCAGACUUGAAACUUUCGCCAUACGUGAAAAAGUUCACACAAACGUCGAAGAAGGACUCGGCACAAGAGGGGACCAUWGAAGAAGAUGAAAUCUUCAAAACAUUUAUGAAUUCUAUGAAGCAGCUCAACGAAAAUGAUGAAUACUCAUUUCAGGACUUUAGUGUCUUGAAGUCCUUGGACAAAGAAUUCUCAAGGAGUCUAGAGUUGGAGAACAAGAUAGCAGAGAGGACUGAAAGGGUAUUAACAGAACUAGUUGGUGCUGGUGACAAGGUCAAAAGUAAGAACAAGAAGAAAAAAAACAAAAAUGGCAAAAAGAAAUAUCAAGACGAGGAAUCAAGCAAUAAAAUUCCCAAGAAGAAGCGGAAUAGAAACAAAAAGAAGCACGAUGACCGUGAGAAAAGCAGUGCCACCAAGACUAAGAAUAGCAACGUGGUGAUAAUUGAGGAGGCGGGUAAAGAAGUGUUAAAACAAAGGAAGAAGAAGAUGCUUUUGCAAGAGAAGUUAAAGCAAUCUAAUUCUUCUCAGCCUCAAUCCCCAUCCACUCAAGCGCAGUCGUCGUUCAAAUUCAAAGAAAAUACAUCGAUAUCACGAGUCAAAAUUCUACAUCGAGAUGAUACCGAGAAGUGA